GUAAAUCAUAAAAGUACUUGAUAUAGAAACGAAAAGAAAAGACAUUGAAAGAGACAGCGAGAGCGAAAUGGCGAAUUUGUAUGUGACGGCGGUGCCAACGGCGGAUCUGAACAGGAACACGGAGUGGUUCAUGUAUCCAGGGGUUUGGACUACUUACAUAUUAAUAUUGUUCUUUUUUUGGCUCAUUGUUCUUUCUAUCUUUGGUUGCUCUCCUGGCAUGGCCUGGACCAUCGUCAAUCUCUCUCACUUCGCUAUCACUUAUCACUUUUUCCACUGGAAGAAAGGAACCCCAUUUGCUGAAGACCAGGGGAUCUAUAAUCGGCUGACCUGGUGGGAACAGAUAGAUAAAGGGAAGCAGCUUACACGCAACAGAAAGUUUCUAACUGUUGUACCUGUGGUGCUGUACUUGAUAGCCUCACACACCACUGACUAUCAACAUCCAAUGCUCAUUUUCAACACUCUUGCUGUGAUGGUGCUUGUUGUUGCCAAGUUCCCGAAUAUGCACAAGGUUCGGAUCUUUGGAAUAAAUGCAGACAAGUAAGUUGGGCAUGUGUUAAAAGAGUGGUCGUUUUUCGUGUUUAAAAGCCUCCAAUCCUUCUGCAGUUCUGCAUAAAGGUUAUCAUAUCUUUUGUAUAGAAGUCGGAACUUGAAGGAUAUUUGAAUAUGUGUAACGUUCUUGCACUGACUACUGUUUACAACCUGUUCCUCAAGUGAAGGAUAAAGGAAUCGAGUUAGAAAAGGAUGUCUGUCGAGCUAAUCUCUGUACAGUUGAGAAAUGUCGUGUAUCUUUGGUGUAUCACACAGCUGUUAUCAGCGUAUGGCGCAUUCACAGCACUGUAACUUUGGUUAAAUUAAAUUAAAUUACUUUUACUUCUAA